UGGGCUGUGUCAACAUUUAUUUCCUGGAUCAUGGCCAUGGGUGGAGAAACCCUAAUAGAUAAAGUCCAAGGCAAUCAGCAGUGGGCUGCCUGCCAAAAGGAUUCAGCUGAGGAAACUCUCUUUAUGGCCAGGAACUAAUCAGGUGGCUGGAAGGCAGCUGUGAAUGAGGUAAAGGGCAGGCAAACUCUAUCUAGAAUUAGGUAGUGAGUUUCAAGCUUGCUUCUGCCCUGGCUACAUUUGUGGGAGGUUUGAAUGAGGCAUAGUAACUCUGUUUUUAUUUGCCCGUAAAAGCAUGGCCUAAUGGUAAAUCAAGGUCAGUAUUCUGACUUAACCCGUUUCUUUGAAGAUAUGGUUCAUGUCAAGCACCUAGUGGCACACCAGACUAUGUUUGGGAGGGUUUCAGUGAAGCCUUCAAUUUGCAGAAGAUCAAACGUGAAGAUGAGAAGCUCUGAAAGUGAAAACCUCAGGAGCGGCUUGCCAAAAAGGAAGACUUUCCUGAAUCAAGUUUCCAGCCUCUUCCCCAUUCCCCAUGGCAACCUGCCCUAUGUGGAGAAAGGAGAAAUAUUUCCAGGCUGGGUCAGCUCAAUCAUCCCAGGAGGAGCUGGGGUGUCGGGUAGGACCAAGGGGGCUGGCUCCCCUGCUGGGAAAGGAGCAGGGCCUGAGGAUAUCACAGAGAAUUGUGGGAAAGGGCCAGGGUUCAACAGCACUGUGGGGAAUCUGGGGAGAGGGGCACUAGGUGAGAAAUUUUGGUGCAUCUGACAUUAAAUUAAUAAUGCAAAUACUGCACAGAACAAAUGAUCACCCACUAAUUUGCUGUAAAUAACUUGGAUCAUUUUUAUGCACUUGGGUUCCCCAUUGCUUUGGAAUGGAAAUAUAUGUACUGCUGGUAGCCAAAGGUGCUUGUACUGGCCCAUACUACUUUGUGAAGCGAGAAAAAAUUAGUCAAAUUGAGUCUUUGGUUUCAUGAAUGCCAUUCCUAAUGAAAUCAGUAGGAGUGGCAGAGGGAAGAAAUUGGCCUAUGCUGUGCAUAAACACAUGGACACACACACACACACCCCUUUCCUUCAGGCUGUACUGAGGUGAGGGAUUCAUUGUAUUCACAAUUUCUGAGACAGAGGCUAAGAAAGAAACAAGCUCAGGAAAUGCUUCUCUAUGCCUUGGUGGGAGGAGUGUGAAUACAAGUGACAGCAACCUGUUUGUGCUCCCUAAUUACAUCUGCCUGGUUUGAACGGGCCCAAGAUUACUCUUCCCGGCCCCCUCUUGCCUAGAGAAGGCUGUCACAUUCCGAAUGAGGAGGAGUCUUGACUGGCAGGAGGGAAAGCUUCACUCGGCAGCUCUGAGCAACACCUUUGCUUGAUGAUUCUUUUCCAUUUCGAGUAUUGCCCAUUUUUUUAAAAAAAACCCAAAAAACCCCCCCUACAUGGACUAUUUCUUAAUUGCAGGAACAGUCCUGCUUGGCUUUUUCAUUAAAUCCUACUCACCUGAAAAACAGAAAGUCUCUGAAGGAUGGCGACUUCAUAAAUAUUUAUAGCGCGAACAGGCGUCACUCUGGUUCCAUGGGAGAAUGGGCUUAUUCAGUUUCAUUUAUGAUGUGACACUUGUGUGAGUGACACACGUCGUCUGGGCCUG